CAGCAAGCACAUUAUUUAUAAUGCUGGAUUCUUAAGUAUUUCAUUUAUACCUGCGCUCACGGCCUUGUCAUUUCUUUUCAACACUUAAAAGGAUUCUAGAGAAUCUUGUCAGAAACAAAAGCAAAGGAGAACCCUUUAGGACAGCAUGUUUACAAAAUGACUACAACAUGGGACAGUAAGCCAGUGAUGCAUUAUCCAGUGACAAUUGCAUUCGUACCACAUGCAGAGGGGCUGAUAAUGGAAGUUACUUCUCUUUUCUUCAAUGACCCUUCAGCUCCACCUGGUGAGCCUGGGCAACCCUUUGAUGGACUCUGGGACUAUGAAGUGGUUGAAUCUUUUUUUCUGAACAGCAAGACCACUCAAUAUCUGGAAGUUGAGCUUUGCCCGCAUGGGCAGCAUCUGGUGUUGUUACUCUGUGGAGUUGGAAAUGCCUUUAAAAAAGAGCUACCUUUGGAAUUUAAAACAGAUAUCACAACAAACUGGGGCAAUUGGCAUGGCAGUGCUCUUAUUCCUUGGAGCUAUUUCCCACCUGGUGUCGACAUGAUGAAUUCAUAUGCUAUACAUGGUUCUGGUAUCGGCAGAGUCUACGAGGCCUUGUAUCCAAUACCGCCACAUGAAAUAGGUGAAGGACAGGGCCCCAACUUCCAUCGCUUAGAAUAUUUUAAAGAGUUCAGCCUGCAGUGGAUUAUGGGAGCAGAUUGGGAACAGCCGUCAUCCAACCUCUGGGAAUCAGACCCUUGAAAUAUUCCAUCUCUUUCUCUCCCCAUCCCCUCUGUUAUAUCAUUGGAGUUUUAAAAAUAAUAUAUUAUCCUUAUUGGCAUUCAAUACUUAACAAGCCUCUUAUUCUUGCCCAAGACUGAAUUGUAUGUGAUUAUGCAAAUUAAUAAAAUGAGCUUUCAACCAUG